AUGGAAACCGAAUUAGCCAAGCCACGAAAUGUCAUGCACACUUUAUACAAACUACAUGAUUGGAUAAAGAAAGGAUUAGUCGAUAUUAACCCAGAUUUCCAACGUGGAACAACCAUUAAACGGUAUUUCAAUAAUGAAGGUCUUGAUGGAAUGAGUAGAAAUGUGUUAUCCGAAGAAGCAAGAGAACAUUUCGAAUGUUAUGAAUUUGUUUGUGUUGAAUAUUACGAUCUCUCGUUAGUACAAGAACAUGAAAUAUUUAGUCGUGUUCAACUUGGUGUUCCUUUAACUACUGCAGAAAAACUCGCGGUAAUUAAUACACCAAUCACAAACUUUGCUCAAAAUCUUUACCGUUCUUAUCCUUCUAUCUCUAAAAUUAUCGAUACAAAACGCGGAAAGCCCCUUCAAGUAAUCUCUCAGGCCCUCCUCAUGAUUGAAGAUUCGGAAAAAUGUAAAAUCACUGUUAAAUGUAUAGAAAAUUACCUGAAAGAUGAUCGUGAAGUCCCUUUUGAACUUUCUCAGACGAUCAAACAAGUGUUUGAAACUUUAUCAACAUUAAUUGAUGUUAAUGUUAAAUUAUUUCAUGAAAACCAUAAAUUUUCACCAAUUGAAUUUGUCUUUUUCUGUUGGAUCGUUGCAAAGUUUCCAGGAAUUGGAAUAGAUGCUUAUCAAGAUUAUUUGAAAAGUAUGAAAGAGUACGUUAGAAGAUAUCACGUAGAUGUUAGAUUUAAUCAAAAAGUUUAUACGACUCUUAAAAGAUUUGUUGAUGAGCUCGAUCAAGAAGAAGAGCUUGUAGAUGAAUUAUGGGAUGAUAUUUGUGAAAAUGAUGAAUAUGAUGAAUUAUGGGAUGAUAUUUAUAAAAAUGAUGAAAAGGUCGAAGAUAAGAAUGAAGACCUUGAAUCCUUGCCUUCAAAGAAAAUUAAGAUUAAAAAAUGA